AUGCUGAAGGCUGGAGAGCUGCAAGACCAAGAAGCCAUCAGAGCAGGAGAGGAGGCCAGUGGGGAAGGCCAUAGCAAGCACAGCACACAGAGGGAUCCCAAGAGGAGGGAGAAGACCCAUGCCUGCACUGAGUGCAGGAAGAGCUUCAGGAUAAAGGUGGACCUCACCAAGCACCUCCGGACUCACACAGGUGAGAGACCGUUCACCUGCACCAACUGUGACAAGAGGUUCUCAACCAAAUCACAACUCAAGGAGCACCAUAGGAUCCACACGGGUGAGCGGCCAUAACAGUGCCUGGACUGCGGAAAGAACUUCACUCAGAAGUCGCAGCUCAUCGUGUACGACUGGAUCCACAUGGGUGAGAAGCCCUACUAUGCCAAGGGGGCCCAGCAGAAUGCCUCCAGGGCCAUCAUGGGCGAAUCCACUCUGGCAGGGGAGAUCUUCCGCUGUGGCACCUGCAGGAAAGAGUUCAAGGAGAAGUCAGUGUUAGUGACCCACCACAGGAUUCACAUCAGGGAGGAUCCCUACCCCUGCCCCAUGUGUGGGCAGUGCUUCUGGCAGAAGAUCCACCUCACUCGGCACCAGCAGACCCAUGAGCGGACCAGUGUCCACAUCUGCAGAGCCUGUGGGGACCACUUUGGCAGCAAGAGGGAGAUGUUGCAGCAUCACCGGGGUCACCAUCCCUGGAAGGCCCCCCACACCUGCACUACCUGUGGAAAGCGCUUCAGCCAGAAGUAUGGGAAGACAUUCAGCAAGAAGGGAAACCUGGCCAACCACCAGUGUGCUCAUGCCGAGGGUCAAGUUCACCACUGCAGGUCUUGUGGGAAGGGCUUUGCCAGGCUGGGGGAGCUGACCAAACACGAGCGGACCCACAGCAGGGAGAAGCCCUAUGGGUUUGGGCAGUGCGGCACGUGCUUUGCCCAGCGCACCCAACUGGUCACCCACCAGUGCAUCCACACUGGUGAGCAGCCCUACCCCUGUGGUGACUGUGGCAAGUGCUUUGGUGACAAGUCACACCUCACCAUCCAUCAGCACACCCACACCGGUGACCGGCCUUUCCCCUGCCUCACCUGUGGCACAGACUUCCGCCAGACGAUUGCCUUGAUCAAGCACCACCGCAUCCAUGAGUGUGGCAGGAAUAAGGGAAGCAGCGAAGACAUCAGUGUUGACAUCAACGCCGAUGUUGACAUCAAUGCCAAUGGCAAUAAUGCCAACACCAACAGCAGUGCCAAUGUCAAGACCAACGUCAAUGCUGAGGUGUCUGGCAAAGAUGAGGAGAGACCGGCUGUCCCCUGUUGGUGGGUCCCUGCUGGCAGGUGGCCCUUCUCCUGCAGUGAGCGUGGGAAGGGCUUUGCCCAGAAGGCCCAGCUGGCGGUCCACCACACUGGGGAACGCCCCUUCCCCUGCACCAACUGCUCCACAGCCUUCAUCAACAAGUCCCGCAUCAUCGUCCACCGCUGCACCCACAUCAGUGAACACCCCUUCCCCUGUGCUGCCUGUGGUCAAGCCUUCACCCAGAAGGUCACCCUCACCAACCACCAGCGGGUCCACAUGUGGGAGCACCAGCCACUGCCAGCCCCAGUUCCCCUCGGGUACUCGGGUGAGGAGUGACCCUUCACCUGUGCCAUCUGCGGGAGAGGUUUCCACAAGGAGAUCGCCCUCACGACCCACCGCCGGGUCCACAACAGGUAUGAGCCCAACCGCUGCAACAAGUGUGGGCAGGUCUUCCCUGACAGGGCCCAGCUCUGGCUCCACCAGCCCUCCCAUGCCGAGGACUGGCCGUUCAAGUGUGCCACGUGUGGGAAGGACUUCAAGAGGAAAGAGAUAUUGAUUACCCACCAGUGGGUCCACACAGGAGAGGCACCAUUCCAGUUCCCUCAGUGCAGUAAAAGCUUCUCAGAAGCCAACCUCAUGAAGCACCAGCUCACAUCUGCUGGGGCCCAUUUAUCUGCUCCGAUUGCGGGCAAAGCUACACCACCACUGGGCAUUUCAAGAGGCAUCAGAGGAACCACCUCAAGAAGUAAAGUCCUCCUGGCGAGGGAAAGGAGCCCCAUCAGGACCCAAUGA